GCUGGCCCGCCAUCGUUAAUUGUUCGCGCCGGCCGCCAUGGACGCCCCCGAUUCAGCCGCUGGCAGCAGCGGCUCCUCCGGCGGCGACAGCAGCGGCGCCGCCAGUAGCACCUUGCGAGAGCUCGUCGGCUUCGCCGCCUUUUGCCUGCUGCCGCUCUAUGUCGCAGGCUCGCUGCUUUACCCGAUGCGAGUGAGGGCGCUAGCGCUGCCGCGCCGUCUCUUCGCGUGCUCCUUCUCGCUGUCGCUGUGCCUCCUCCUCCUCGUCCUGCUCGACGUCGGCGAGCUCCUCUCCGCCACAACGCGCGCCGCGCUGUGGCGAGCCUCUCUUCUAGCGCACCUCUCCCUGCUCGUGCUCUGGCUGCCGCUCGCGCAGAUCGCGCUGCUGCUGCGGCGAACCACCGGCGUCUCCGUCUCCCGCGCCCCCACUCCCAACGGACUCACCAGCCAACAAUUCACCGCCCUGCUGACUGCCUCUUCUAGCCUCCUCUUCAGGUCGGCCUCGCCGCCCCUCCUCUGCUCGCCUGGCUGUACGCCUUUUACCGCAUCGGGGACCCCUUUCCGGCGAGCGAGUCAGGAGCAGUUCUCAGCCCUUCCUUUCACAGACCGGCGCAGCAGACACGCACUCCUCGAGCAGCCUUCAGACACAGAGACAGACACAGAGACAAGUACCGGACGCCCCGCACC